AUGAAAUUCAAUCGAUGGCUAUCGAUUAUAUUGGUCAUUAUUUUUUCAAUGACUUUGGCUGCUGCUGAAUCGAAUCAAAUACGUUUCCGUAGAAUACAGCAACCAACAGCAAGGUUAUUACAACCACCAAGACAACAGCAACCACGACAGAUAUUCAUCAAACCGCAACCGCAACAACAAUAUUCCUUACAAAAAUCUAGUGAUUUAAGGCGAAUUAAUCAACAACCACGACCACGACCAUUAUCAUCAAGUUUGUCGAAUUUGAAUAAAAAUCCUACCUCAUUAUCAUCAACAUCAUCAUCAUCAUCAUCAUGGAAUACAGGUAGACAAAAAUCUGAACGAAAAGUAGCAUGGACACCAUGGUCAACACCAUCAUCACCAUCAUUAUUUCGAUCAUCAUCAUCAUCAUCAACAACACCAAAAAUCAAUGUAAUUGAUACGGGAAAUACUCGUCAGGAAAGUUGGAAUCAAAGAGCCAGUGAUGAUGAUAGUCCACCAGGUGCAUAUCAUUGGGGUUAUCGUUGGAUCGAUGAAUCGGGUAAUCAAAUGUUUCGUGAAGAAACUGCUGAUGGUUAUGGAACAGUAACCGGACGAUAUUCAUUCCGGGAAUAUAAUGGUCUCAUAAGAAUUGUUGAAUAUAUUGCCGAUGAAAAUGGUUAUCGUACCAGAAUUCGUAGUAAUGAACCGGGUAUUGUUACAUCCAAUCCAGCCGGUGCUCAAAUUAUACGAUUUGAAAAUGAAAAUGAUAUUCCAGCUUGAUUAAAAUGAACAUUUAAAUUAAAACAAAAAACAAAACAAAAUAAAAUUUUAUUGAUUAAUUGACA